AUGGCAAAAAGGUUGUCAAAGUGUGCGACUCCGCGUCCCCGCAUGCAACCUCUAGAGGUGGUGAUAAAAUCGAAACUAGUUUCAGUGAUGUCCAUCGCCAUGGUUUCAUCCCUUCACAUACCCAUAAACCGUCCUCGCGGCUUCAUGUUUUCUCGAAACACUGAUAUGAGUGCGUCACACUUGCGAGCCGCAGAAACAUUAAAAAAAAAGCGUGUCGACAGUGGGUCUUUCUGUUGCAGCUACAGGGCAUACUUUCCAACUAAGCCUUUAAAGAAGAGGAUUCGAGCGCAGAUGUGCAUGAUUUCUUCAUUAUCGCCAUCUACCUCGGGGCCGCAACCGGACGUCGAGGAAGAAGGAUCGGCGCUGGACUUUCCAGAGGAAUACGUGCGAGCUGUGCCGAGCCGGCGACCAGAUAUCUUUCCUGACAUGAAGGAGCCGAAACAACCAGUGCCUAAGCCCAUGCCCGGCGAUCCAGAGUUGCCCGAUGAAGAAGAAGAGGAGGCGGAGCGCAAGAAAAAAACUGGUGAGCCAGGGACAGACCCUGAAGAAGAAGAAGAGCAGAGCCCGGCACCUCAAAAACAAGAAGAGGUCGAGUGAGUAUUUUGCCUUGAACGUGCAUACUCAGCAUCGCAUGGUUUAUUUGCUUGUGAUACUGAUGUCUUUGGAACAUUCCUACAAAAUAGCUAAAAAAAGUCAGUUUUUGUUUUACGUUCGUUACACAAUGUUGAGUCCCUCAUACAUCAUAUGUCAAAAAGGAACUGCUGUAAGAAAUAUUUUAAUGAACAAGAGUAUAC